CAAGCAGUGACAGCAAAACACGGGCCUUUGUUUACAUUUUUGUCGCGUGAAAAAAGAGGAGUUUCCCGGCUUUUCCCUGAUAAAAUGGCGUUCGAAAGUGUGGGAAAGGAUUCACUGAAUGUGGAGCAGCUGCAGCAGGAGCAGGAAGAAGAGGAGCCUCUGAGUCCCGAGGAGGAGGCGAAGCGCAACCGGGAAACAUCAAUGGCCCUCUUGACAUUAUUCUUCUUCAGUGUCCUCAUGUUCACCCUGCCCUUCGGUGCUUUUUAUGGCAUGCGAGAUUUGCUGGAGAAUCGCUUUCACAUUGAGGGAUUUGAGAACACGUGCUGGUCAGUUCUGGCCGCUGUAAUCACGGUCAAUUUCGUGAUUGUGAUGUUCGUCUAUGUGGCGUACAGAGACACCACCAAGGAGAUCUCACAGCUGGCCAAGAAGGAGGAGAAGAAGCGAAAGUAGCACAACACGAAAUGUUAUAUACUUUUAUUGUCACCUCAUUUGUAAUUCCAUUUAGCGCGAUAGAAUUAAAUUUCUACGGUAGGAUACAGCUUAAUUGUCUCUCAAAAUUCCCAACGAGACGAGAAAAAUGAGCAGUGAUUGCUGAGGAAACGCCCAAG